GCGGGGAGAGGGAAUAAAUACAUAUAUUGCGUGUGUGGUGCUGGCUGCUUGAGUGCUUUUUCUCCUGCUGAGGGGUUUGUUUUGGCCGUCUGUCUGUCCUUGUGUGGGAAAGUGAUUCAUUGAACAAGGGACGGCUGCUUGAGAUUGAUUACAAGAUAAGACUGGAUUGGGCUGGGCUGUUGGAGACGUGUUGGUGUGGAUAUUUGCCUGAACUCUCUGGACAUUCCAUACACCACCGCAAGCAUAACAUCGUCCGUCACCAUGUCGGAGAAGCACGAUCAAGCAGAGUACUCCGGCGACGGCCGCCAUGAGCGCAAGUCCGUCGGCAGAUACCUUGCUACACGUAUUCCCACGCUGAAGCCCCCGAUGGACAAACUCGAGAAUCCCAUCACGCUCCUACGUCUACUCAACAAGCAGCAAUGGAUGUUCUUCGCCGUUGCCUUUUUCGCAUGGUCCUGGGACGCCCUCGACUUCUUCACCGUCUCCCUCACCGUCGGCCCGCUCGCAAAGACAUUCGGCAAGUCCAACAAGGACAUCACCUGGGGCAUCACCCUCGUGCUCAUGCUCCGCUCCGUCGGCUCCGUCAUCUUCGGCAUCGCCGCCGACCGCUACGGCCGCAAAUGGCCCUUCAUCAUCAACAACAUCCUCUUCAUCAUCCUCGAGCUCGGCACCGGCUUCGUCCAAACCUACAACCAGUUCCUCGCCGUGCGCGCCCUCUUCGGCAUCGCCAUGGGCGGCCUCUACGGCAACGCCGCCGCCACCGCCCUCGAAGACUGCCCCGAACGCGCCCGCGGCCUCGUCUCCGGCCUCCUGCAGCAGGGCUACGCCUUCGGCUACCUGCUCGCCACCGUCUUCGCCCGCGCCUUUGUAAACACCGUCGGCCAUGAAUGGCGCCCGCUGUUCUGGUUUGCCGCCGGACCCCCCGUGCUCAUCAUCGCCUUCCGCCUCUGUCUGCCGGAGACACAGGCAUACCAGGAGCGCCAGCGCGUGCGUGCGGCAGGCGCAGAGUCCGGCGCGAGCGCAGGCAAGACGUUCGUGGCAGAGGGCCGCGUCGCGCUGCGCAACCACUGGCCGCUGCUCGGAUAUCUCGUCCUACUCAUGGCCGGCUUCAACUUCAUGAGCCACGGCAGCCAGGACCUGUACCCGACGCUACUAACCAACCAGUACGGCUUCAGCGCCGACGCCGUGACUGUCACUCAGGUCGUCGCUAACCUGGGCGCCAUGACGGGCGGCGCAUGCGUCGGGUACGCGAGCCAGGCGCUAGGCCGGCGGUUCAGCAUUAUCGUCAUGUCGAUUGUGGGUGCGGCGUUGUUGUACCCGUAUACCUUCGUCACGGACACACGGGUCAUUGCCCCGGCGUUCUUCGAGCAGUUUUGCGUGCAGGGCGCGUGGGGCGUGAUUCCGAUCCACCUGAUGGAGCUGUCGCCUGGCUCAUUCCGGACGUUCGUCGUGGGCACGGCGUAUCAGCUGGGUAAUCUUGUGUCGUCGGCGUCGAGUACGAUUGAGAGUACGAUUGGGGAGCGGUUCCCGUUGCCGGAUAAGGUGGAGGCGAGCGGGGCGCGGGUGAGCAGGUUUGAGUACGGGAAGGUGAUUUGCAUUUUCAUGGGCUGUGUGUAUGCGUAUGUGGUUGUGUUGACGCUGUUGGGGCCUGAGCGGAAGGGGGCGAGUAUGGAUGUGCGGCAUGAUGGGGAUAUGGUUGAGGCGACGGGCGGGCGGCGGAUGGGGUCUGAGGUUGGUGAGGGGGUUGGUGAGCAGGGCAGUUCGGAUGAGGAGAAGGGGCAUGCGAAGACGGUGGAGCGGUAGGGGGUUGCGCGGCGGGUGGUUUGGGUGUGGUGGAUAUGAUGUGAAUAUGAGACUUUGGAUAUGAUAUUAUUGAGAAUUAUGAGAUGAGCGUACGCGAGUUGCGUGCUUCGUAUCAAUAGAAUACAGGAUAGCAAAGGUGUACAUAUAUAUAUCACCUACCAUUUCUA